AGAUGGCGCUCCAAAUAGCGCACAACAACCGCGACGGCCGCCUUGGGGGUCCGUCCCCGGGCCUGGUGGAAGUGUUCGUGCUGUUCGUCAACACGACCAAUCGCACUGUGGAUCUUUACUGGGUGUGCGAGCGGGACCGGGAGAAUAUAUACCUCACACUGAAGCCGUUCGAGGAGGUGCGCGUUAAUACCUUCAGCACGCACAGUUGGUUCUUCCGCGACUACUACACGGGCGAGCGGAUGCACGUGCGCUCGCGUAGAAUCUUCCAGCCAGUCCGGGUGCGGGUGCCCAAGAAUCCACAGCAUCCGGACCAACUGUGCGAUGUGCGCAGCCAGGUGCUGAUCCACUUCCCUAUCCGAUCGCUGCGAGAGAACUGCCUGUGGCUCAUCGCCCGCUGGCUGAUACGGACGAGUAAUACGCCGCGUCGGGUGAUAGCCGGAUACAAUAUACCGUCGACGCUGAAGCAACAGUUGCUCCUGCUGCUGACCACCAUUGAGUCGUAUUCACGCGUCGCCAGCACCAGGAGACGGCGUUAGGAGGACUCAACUGAUUAGUUAAGCGAAUUGUUGGGGGUUUAAGGAAUGAGAGCCAAGCUUGAUUUCCAAAUAAUUUAAUAAGUUUAAUUUUAAUUGAUUUUCAUCCUGACUUUUGCUUUGUUUUGUUUGUUACUUAUGUACACAUUGGCUUGCAUAGAACGUUUUACAGGUUGGACUUCUACAAUUGCAUUGAUUUUCUUUUCUUUUGUAUCUUUAACAGAUUCUUUAGAUGUACUUACGUUCUAUGUAUAUAAUUAUAUAUAUUUAUAAUCCUA